GGCUCGCAGAGGCUGAGGCUGAGCAGCCCGGAGCUGCUGGGCUGUUACAUGAGAUAUUCAGGAAGUUAUUUGCAUGGAGGGAUAAAAGCCUGUGGCAGCAGCCGGCUGCGCUGCACAGGCGACUCAGCCACGGUGGCCACCAGCCCAAGGAAUUACAUCCACCGCAGCUUCACAAUGAGUUGUUUACUGGCCUUGGCUGCCUGUGGGAAGAGCCAAGGAGAGCGGAGGAAGAGGAGAGACAAACACAAUGCGAGCGAGACGCGUUAGGGGGGAGGCUGGGCUUUAGCAGCAGCCCCGGCAUUUCAGCCCUAUGGAGGCAGAGAGGGCUGAAAAGGGAAUAAAAUGAACCAUCCGCCGCCUUGCUGCUGCUGCCAGAAGAGCCUCGUCCCUACCUGAAGGGCUGAUAGCGAAGGCAAAACAAUUACGGCCGCGGGAAGGAAAAUCCGAGCUUUGAGGAGCUUUUCCCUGCUCGUUCCCAUCGGGCACGCUCUCCCAGGCCGGGUCCCCCGGCUAAUUGCUCAGGAAAUCCGCGCUGCUCAUUGUCGGGCUGUCCUUAAGCUGCUAAUUCCGAACUGGGAGAGGCUCUGGAAGGGAAUCCAUGGAUAGAGCCCCGCGAGAGGGACCCAGCGGAGAGCCGGGGCGGGGCGGGCUCCGGCGCUAAUAACACAUCCCUGCCCAAUGGAAAGCGUUUCCUAUGGAGACCCCCAGGAGUUCCCCCUGCCCACAGCCCCUGCCCAGACAUUGGGCCCAUUCUUGCGUCCCGUUUUGCCAAGACACGAUGGCAGCAGCGCUCGGCAGCCCCGAUCCCGCUCGGAACAAAGGCCGGGCAGCUGCCACCCGGCGCGGAGUUUGAGGAUGAGCGGCUGAACUUGCACAAAGUGGGAUUUCCGCGUGGGAAUAACGCGGCUCGUGUGCCAGGGACACAAAGGACUGUCAGGGAGGGAUCCCGAGGAAGCCCCGAGCCGUGGGAAUGGUGGCGGUGCCGGAUGAAAGGAUCCAUGAGGGAGAUGUGGUAGGAAGGAGUCCAGCCGCCUCCUUGGAAUGUGUUCCUUCGGGAAGGGACGAGCUCCCUGCCUUAUUUUAUGGAUGUCACUGAAGUAGACUUUGAAGACCUUUGGAAGCCCAUCCCAGACUUGGCAUGGGAAACCACAGCAACAACCAUACCUGCCUGACAGAUGAUUCCUUCAAGUACAACCUGUACGGAGCCGUGUACAGCGUGGUCUUCAUCCUUGGCUUGAUCACAAACUGCGCCUCCCUCUUCGUUUUCCUCUUCCGGAUGAAGAUGCGGAGCGAGACGGCCAUUUUCAUGACCAACCUGGCGAUUUCAGACUUGCUUUUUGUGUUCACUUUGCCCUUCAAGAUUUUUUACAACUUCAACAGGCACUGGCCCUUCGGGGACAGCCUGUGCAAGAUCUCGGGCACGGCGUUCCUCACCAACAUCUACGGGAGCAUGUUGUUCCUCACCUGUAUCAGCGUGGAUCGCUUCCUGGCCAUCGUGUAUCCCUUCCGCUCCCGCACCAUCCGCACCCGGAGGAAUUCCGCCAUCGUUUGCGCUGGCGUUUGGAUCCUGGUCCUCAGCGGCGGAAUUUCGGCCUCGCUGUUCUCCACGACCAAUGUGUCCAACACCAGCACCACCUGUUUCGAAGGGUUCUCCAAAAGGAUCUGGAAAACCUACCUGUCCAAGAUCACCAUAUUUAUUGAGGUGGUGGGAUUCAUCAUCCCUCUGCUGCUCAACCUCACAUGCUCCUCGCUGGUUCUCCGGACUUUACGGAAGCCGGCCACCCUGUCCCAGAUUGGGACGAACAAGGAGAAAGUGCUGAAGAUGAUCAUCGUGCACGUGGCCAUUUUUGUUGUGUGCUUUGUCCCCUACAACUCCAUCCUGUUCCUGUACGCGCUCGUGCGCUCCCAGGCCAUCGCCAACUGCUCCCUGGAGAGGUUUGCCAGGACCAUGUAUCCCAUCACGUUGUGCAUCGCCACCCUCAACUGCUGCUUUGACCCCUUCAUCUACUACUUCACCUCUGAGUCCUUCCAGAAGUCCUUCAACAUCAAAACCCAGAUCAAAAUGGAUUCUCUUUUCAAGACAGAGAUGCCGCUCACAAAGACGGCGCUGCCGGCGCCGCAGGAUGAGAUCAGUGACCAGGCUAUCACCAACGGAGGAGAUCCCACAUCUGAAUCCCAUUUCUAGGGAGAUGUUUACACAGGGAGUCACCCCCCAUUAACUCCUGAUUAACACCACGUGGCAAAGAGCAGCUCCAGAAAAUGGGGGUUCACACGUGGGGUUAAUGAAGAAAAGCUGCUGGGGACGACGGAUCCUCGCACUGGGAUGGUCCCAUCAUGUUCCACAGGUGAACACAAAGUAUGAAAAUCCCAAUGGAUCUCCCUUUGGAGAUUAUGGAUAGGCUACAACACAUGCAUCAACUCAGGAGGGAACAGAACAGGUUCUUUAACCAGAAGAUGCCAACAUUUGGCAUUUUUCCCCCUCAGCAGUUGACAUGGGACCAGUUGGGAAAUAGAAAGUUUCAUUUUUUUAGAGAUUACUGCCAAUAUUUCUGCCUUCUGCAGGUGCAUCCUCAUCCUCAUAUGUUAACUCAGUAACUUCCCACGAUAUGUAUGUUUGCUUACAAAGGCAUAAUAAAAGCUUGUGGCUUUUCCUUACUCCACUGCCAGAGUGCAGAGCCUGGUUUUCCUAGAGACUGGAAUUUAUGGAGAGCUUUGAAGUGUAAAUAAUUUUUUAGCAAUUAGGCAAAAGAGUUGCUUGGUGACAGAAAAGAUAAUAAGAAAAAAAGAUAAUUAUUAUUACAGUUUUGAAAGAUUAAGUUUCAUUUUUAUCAGAUUAAGCUGUCAUUUAAUUUAUUUGAUUACUUUUAAUGCCACAUCUGGGGAGGAGUAAAGAGCUCAUUAAUGAUCUGUUGCACCUGGGCUUUUAUAUCCCAGGGGAUUAAAUGACUAUUUCUGGGAAGGGCUGGACUGUAAAGUCAGCUGGAGAAGGGCCUGAAACUCCAGAGUUCUUCCAAGGGCAAAGCUUCUAUCCAGAAGCUGAGGCAGCUGAAGCCCAGGAGUGCUGACCCCACUGAAAUAUGGACAAGUGGUGUCACAGCACCCAAUUGAGGGAGGAUCUGUGAUUGCUUAAUGGGUUUUUAGGGCCUCAAGGUAACUCAAAAACCAAUUUGCUGCACUCUUUUCUUAGCUGGUUACAGCAAUAUUGUCUUGUUUUCCAAUUAAUUUAUUACCUUUCUUUUUAUAGAUUGCAGAAAUAUAUGGAAAAUUAAUUAUUUGUAUGUGUUGCAUUUUACCACCUGGUUCCUUUCUCCAGCUCUUGGCUCGUGUUUGAAGCUUUACAGCCCUUCCCAGGCUGGUUCAUUCUUAAGUGUAAGACACAGAAAUGAGGAGAACAAUUUCAUUUGAAAAAAAUAUGAAGUUACAACUUGUUAGCUACAUUACCAUGGCAAAGCUACUUCUAGGGAAUUAUUGCCAAAAAAAGAGACAAAUUAUUAAUUGAGCAGAUGUUUUCCACUCAACUCUAUUUUAAGUCUGUCUGAUGAAGCCUCAUGAGAUAUCAGAGAAGGACCUCAAAUGUGAUCAUUUAAAGCAACAGAGGUUUAAGUGUGAGAAGAAUUCAACUGUAAAAUGUUAAUGCUUCCAAGGGAAUAUUUAUUUAGCACUGCAUUCACUUUGAAUAAAGAAGUCAGUGGCUAACCAAGGUUGAGAGACCCCAAAAAUGAUUCUAUUUCAGCCCUAAAAUGUCACUUACUGGAGAAAAGCAUAUGAUCAACUCAUUAUACACAGAGAACAUGAGAGCAGCCAAAAUAUUCUAUUUCAGCUCUGAGUUACAGCAACAUUUACUGGAAACUUGCACACAGGACUGGCUUGGGAGGCUUUUCUGGAGAUUAAAUCCACAGACAAUUGCACUUUGGAGCAGAAGAAUGUGAAAACAGGGAGAGUUAAUUGAAAAAAGUUGGUGGAAUGAGGUCAGUGUGGCAGGACAAGGGAUAGGCUAUGGCAGGGAAUUUGUCAGCAGCUGGGAAAGGUUCACCUCCAGCCCAGGGGAUGAGCUGGGCUUUAGGAAGCAGCAAUAUUUGCCAUUUAACCAGUGCCUUGUCCCUUUUCCUGCCUGUGCCCCUUUUCCUCCUGCAUCCAAACUCUCCACAGGGAAUUUUAAAAUCCAUAUUUCCUUUGGCUGUUCAGCCCAUCUCAAACCUUGCCAUGAAAUGAGUGCAUUUCAGAGAAGUUGUUCCCUUUGGAUCAAAAAGGCAAAGAGGGAUUUGCCAGGCUUCCCUACAGGCAGGGUUCUCCCUAAGGAGCAAAUCCUUCACCCCAUGGCAGAGAGGAGGGUUGGGAACCAUCAGCAGCUCUGACACACCCCAAACUCUGUGAGAAAUGGGGCAUCCCAUCCCAAACCCUGCCAGGAACUGGACUUAAUGAGACACAAGCUGCAUUUUUUAGGGAUGAGAGAGGGAAGGAAAAAGAGCAAGAAGAAUUCAUUAACAAACUUAAUUUCUAGGGGUGGGAGAGAGAAGGAACGAGAGUGAGAAGGAUUCACUAAAAAACUGAGGGUGCAUUUAGAACCACAGAACAUCCCAAGCUGGAAGUGACCCACAAGGAUCAUGGAAAUCCAACUCCUGGCCCUGCACAGGACAGCCCCAGGAAUCUCACCCUGUGCCUAAAAACAUCUUCCUCCUUGCAAGGAAAUGAUUUGGAACAUAAGAAAAUGCUCUUCUCUGAGGCAAAGCCCUGCUUAAUUCAGAUUUACAGAGAUGAGAAACCUGUUUACACUCAGCUUGCUCUCAGCAGGCAACAUCAACUGCCAGCUUGGAAAUCUUAAUUUAAAGCUGCUGCUUUACACUUGCAAAGCAAGAAGAUUCCAGAGGUUGUGGGGUUUGGGAGCUUUGUGGGACAGGGCUGUUCUCAUGCCCGGUGGCUGCAGAAUCUCUCAUUUUCAGAGUCCUGAGAUGCCUUCUGCUCUGGGUGUGCUCCACAGGCCUUCCUCUGGUAAAAUCCAAGGGAAGAAAGAAAAAUCCAGGCUAGAAACCACUGUCUGGGCUUCUGAAGGAAAUGGUGGAAGAGAGGAGGGAAAGAACUGCCUGGGACUGGACAAGCUCCAGGCCCCACAUCCAUGGCCUGCCUGUAAUCCCAGCAUAAUGGGUGUCUUUUUGGGAGCCAAACCAGUGCCAAUGCUUACAAAUUUCUGUUUGCAGUUUUAAGGGCAAGAGCUGUGGUGGAUACUCUCACAUAAAAUGUAAUCCUAUCAUCCUGUGCCAAAAUGUCAACUGAAAAGAUCCAUUAUUUUGUAAUUUAAGACCUCAUAAAUUAUAUGGAGAUCACAUAAUGACUGACACUCACAUCUGCUGGGACAGGUCUUGACUAAUCUGUUUUUUUCUAGGUCAGGUACACCGAGUACACACUCCAUGGUUUGUGGAUAAAUAACCAAUUAUGCAUUGAGAGAGAGGAAAAGUCAUUUUUCAGAUGUCAGCAAAGCCAGGCUGGGAGGAGAGGGUGGCAGAAAAGUGGAUUCCCAGCUUUUCUGGCUGAGGGGCAGCUGAGUGUUCCUCCCCCUGACAAAGGGCUGCUGUCAGCAAAGACAACACCACAACUUCUAGUUUAAAAACAAAAUCAAAUUAAUUAAAAGUCACUGCCUUUAGCUGAGGCUGAGACAGGACCCAGAGAUCCUAAACAAACAUUAAUCAUGGAUUUCCUUGCUCCCAGCCAGCUCCCUGUUCCCGUUCCCCAGUCCUCCCACAACAUUCAUUCACCAGCUUUGCAACCCAUGGCCCAGCUGGAAAAGCUGCAGCUCCAAAAGGCUCCUGGGCCCCCUGCCCAGCCCAAACCCACCCUGGGAUUCCCACACCUGUGAAAUUCUGUGCCAAUCCACAGGGGGAAGCAGGGCUUUGUUCUCCAGUCCCAGGGAAACUCCUCUUGGUGCCACCACAGCCCCUACAAUGGGUGAAAGGUGCCAGGUCUUGGGUAAAUCUUGUGAAAAUCUCCACUGGCUUUACACAAUCAGUGCAAACCACCCAGAGCCACAUCUGUGAACCACAAGGGCAAAGAGGCAGUACAAAUCAGGUAUAAAAGUCAUGGAUUAGCUCUUGGAUGAGCCAGAGGGAGGGAAAGUUCUUGUGCUGCACAUGCACAUCAGCCAGCCAGGCUCUGCUCCUAUCCCUGCUCCCUGCAUGGAUCCAGCCUUGAAAUCCCUCUAAAGCUAACCCUGGGAAGUUUUUUCGGUGGUUCUCCCUGAAGUUCUCAGUGGAUGAGGGAGGGAGGCUCCACUCCUCACCCAGCAAAAAUAAAUGGAUGAGCCAGAAGGAAUUUCCCUGUGCCAGAGAGACACAGCACCUCUGACAGCCUCCUCAGGAGCUGUGGCCCUGCAGAGCUCCCCACAACAUUCCAUGCCAUUCCCAGUGGGAUGGUUUGCUGUCCAGGCAGGAAAUUGUCCUGUGAAAGUGUCCUUUGGGGCAACCCCAAAGCUUUGCUGUGUCCACAGAGCUCUUGGGGCAGGGUUUGGGGACAGGAACAAAGCAGCCCUCACUUCACUAAGCAGGUUUUGGUGCUCAGCAUUAACUGAAGAAAGAGGCAGAGUUGUUCUCCAUGGAUUAGCAGCCCAAGCCUUGUUUUUGCUGUAAUUCCAGGAAAGCUGUAAUUUUUAUUUCUGAAUGUUCCCCCAGGCUGACCCCAGAGCCCAGGCUGGUCUGAGCUGUGUGCACAUCCUCUGACACUCCAAGGACCAUAAAUCACCCCUAGAAUCAUGGAAUUAAGGUUGGAAAGACCUCCAAGAUCAUCAAGUCCAACCAUCAACCUGGCCCUACCAUGUUCACCACAAAUGUCCCCAAGUGCCACAUCCACACAUUUUCUGAACACUUCCAGGGAUGGACUCUCCACCACUUUGCUGUUUCAAUGCUUGACAACCCUUUCUGUGCAAGAAUUUUUCCUGAUAUCCAAUCUAAACCUCCCCUGGCACAACUUGGGGCCAUUCCCUCUCAUCCUGUUGUGACAUUUGUACAUAACUCCUGCAUCUCCCUGAAAUUCUGCACCAUGGAGAUGCCACUUGGAGAAAAUCAGGUUUGUGGGAGGUUCAAGCAAGUGAGGAAGAUCUACCCAGAACAUCUUUGCUUCCCACAAGAGUGCUCAAAGCUCCUUUUCUCUGGGUACAGAUUCCAGCCAUGGGAAUAUUCUCCCUUUCCUGUUUGCUGUGUCAGGACCUGCUUGUGUUUAAAGGCUCGUUCUUCCUGGUGUGAAAUCCCUGAAGUGUCCAAGGCCAGGCUGGAUGGGGCUUGGAGCAACCUGGGAUAGUGGCAGGUGUCCCUGCCCAUGGUCUUUAAGGCCAAUUCCAACCCAAACUGUUCCAUGAUUUAAGACAGUGAUUUUAAGCCCUAUAAAAUGUUCACAUUUCACAACAAAACAUGGAGCUGUCCUGUUUUUUCCCCUCUGGAAAACAUCACUUCAAACUAACACUUUAACAUCACUUAAAACUAACAUUUAACACUGCUGGCUGUCCUUGAUUUUAAUUCUUAAAUUUAAUUUCCAUGCAAAACACCAGGACCUUCACACCCCUAAACCACUAGGACAAGCAAGGAGUGGGGUGGUUUCUUUUUGGGAUCACUUGGCAUAUGUUUUCCAAGAAAACUGUCCAGUUCCUAAGAAAACCCUGGGCUGGCUUUUCCCUGCCUGGGGGAUUUGAGCAAUGUAAAUAUUGUAUAGAAGUGACCAACGCCCAUGUUUUGCACUGUUUGCUCUUUUCUGUAUCUCUGUGGAUGUGUGUGGAUAAUGAAAAAGGAAAGUUUUUUUCUGCAAAAA